UGCAGACGUGAAUUCUGCUGUUCAUGAACGCACCUCACUCACCUUCAGCAUCAUCAUCAUCAUGAAAUGUUACUUCAGUGAUCACCUUCACCCUGUUAGGACCAUAAGUUACAUUACUCUCCACAAGUUACACUACUCUCAAAAAGUUACAUUAGUCUCCACAAGUUACACUACUCUCAACAAGUUACAUUACUGUUACCACAAGUUACAUUACUCUCAACAAGUUACACUACUUUCAACAAGUUACAUUACUGUCUCCACAAGUUACAUUACUUGUAAGAAGUUAAAUUUCUUGUAAGACGUUACAUUACGUGCAAGAAUUUACUUUACUUGUAAGAAGUUACAUUACUUAGUAGUCCCCGCCAACAUGAUCAUACAGUAAGAUGAUAUCAAUGAUAUCAGUUAGAUUCUUGUCAACACAGCACAGGUGGUGGUGGGGUUGGGCCAUAAACCCCCAACACAACCCCCCAUGCCCCCAGUCGAUAAGACCCAGGAAGACAAUAUGGUGUGCAGGUAUAUGGCUCAGGGGUUGGUGGGGGGUUGGGGGGCGCGGUGAGUAGAUGUUGCUGUCCUGGCAGGGAACACAAAAUGCAAGAAGCUGAUUGGACGCUUUUGUGUCUCAGGUUAAGCCUCCUUACCUCCUGCCCCCCACCCACACCACCUGUUACAUGCACUGGGGUGUAGCGGAGAGGUGGUGUGGUGUGGGAGGGUUGUGUACUAUUUUGUGUACUUUGUGUAUUUACUUUCCACGUGUGGACGUUAACAUUAAUAUCAGUGUAGGUUCAUAUUCACAUGUGUUUAUGUGUGGGGGGGUCACGGGCACAGAAAGCCUGGUGAGCUGACACUAGCACACAGUUGGGGGGGCUUUUUGGCCAGGCCCUGUUGCCAUGGAGACAGCCAGACAAGGUCAGGGUCAUUGUUUCUGUUUGGUUUUCCGUGGCCCCGCCUCCUUUUGCAGGCCAAUGAGGAAAAAGAUGAAGCAAAGAUUUGUUUGGUUUUCAACGUGCACACGCAGCAGCCACCAAACACAUCCUGGAAUGCCAUACAACACAGAAACACAGAAAUGCAUAAGCAUAAGCAUAAGCAUCAUUCAUUAGCAGAAAUGCUUCAAUAAAUCAAAGUUUGUAUUUAACAGAAUGAGUGAACAGGAAGCACCUUUUUAAAAAUAUAUUUGUACCGCGACUUGGAAUAAUAAUAACAACUAAAACAUUACAAUUCAUGAUUUUCAUUUUGUAGCUUUGAAAUAUGUUUGUGAAAAGAAAUGAAAUAUAAUCAUAUAUAACUUUAAUAUAUUGUACUCUAUAUGACACAAUCAUUUGGAGUAAUUGUAUUUCAAAUGUAUUUAUGUGUAAAUACAAACUUGUGUUGUUUUAUGUUUUGAAAGGACUUUAAUGCUAUGAUUUGGCGUCUUUGACUUUUCUAUCCACUACGGGCCUGAAAGUCAUCCAGAGUUUCUGUAUAUGAUAAUGACCACAUGUGUUGUUAUAUACGUAAAUAACAGGGCUGUCAAAGUUAACACUUUCUUAACAAAUGAACUUUUCCUGUAACGGCACAAUUUUUUUUUGACACGUCAUUAACGUGUUUCCGUUCUUUUUGAUCCUCGGCUCACACCGUAGUUUGAGGAACGGCAGCGGUGGAUGUGGAGCUGUAAGAGAUGAGAAAUAUUGAUGAAAAAAAAGGUAUUUUGAUUGAUACGUUUAGCUUCAGAGUUAUUUGGAUCAACUGUUGCUGGGAGGUGACUUGUCAGCAAGUACGUCGCCUGCCAGAGAGAAGUGAGAAGGUAGUGGAGCGCUGCUGCUAGUUUUUCUUGUCAUGAAUACAGUGGUACCUUAGCAUACGAGUGUCCCAACUAACCGGUGUUUUUUACAUGCGCGCCGUCUCUCCGCUGAGCUAAAAUGUGGGUUAGGAGCUGCUAGUUACCAGCAGGCAUAGCCAAGGACAAUGUGACCACGGCUGUAGACCAGAAUGGAUGUAAAUAGCAUUAGCAGCACUAGCGUUAGCAGCGCGCUAGCUCGUCACAUGGAGAUGGAUUGUGUAAAACUAAGACAGGAACAACAUGAAAUGAAAAGCCACCACGCACCAGCCUGGACUUGGUUGUUUAGAGAACAAACAUGCACCUUAGCACUCAAUGAGUUCAUCAAAUCUUAGCGUUAUGGGGGCAAAUAUGAGGUGAAAGGAAAAGGGUGAGGAUACAGAAUAGUAGGCUAUCUGUGCAGCAUGGGACAAUCUUACAUGGUGCGUUCAAGGACCGUCCAACAAAGUGGGACAAGGCGCUACUCUCGUUAAACAUGCAAAAACUGGGGGAUUUAUAACUUUAUAUUAUUUUCUCAAUAAAAUAAUGGCCCAGUUUUCCAAAAUUGAUAUCAUUUACUGAAAAUUUGAUGUCGUUAUUUAGAAAUUAUUAUUUAACAUUUUUUAUUUAACAAGUGUUUAUUUUUUUUAUUUUUUAUAUCAUUACGCCUGAAUGUCUCCCGCAGCCCGGUGGUUGGUUGGGGCCCCCAGCCUUCCAGCACGCUUGGAUGGUGUUAUGAUGUGCUCUUUUACACAUUAGACAAUACUGUAAGUAUCAUAAUGACACUUUGAUACCAUCGCCUUCUUUACUUUGGAAUGGAAGAUUCAUGUGGAAUAGAAUGCCAACACGUGUAUCGACAUGCGUAUGGAAGUGUUUAUUAAUGUUAUCACAUGUAUCGCAUGCGUAUGGAAGUGUUUAUUAAUGUUAUCACGUGUAUCGACAUGCAUAUGGAAGUGUUUAUUAAUGUUAUCACGUGUAUCGACAUGCGUAUGGAAGUGUUUAUUAAUAAUAUCUUAACACGUGUAUCGACAUGCGUAUGGAAUCGUUUAUUAAUGAUAUCUCAACACGUGUAUCGACAUGCGUAUGGAAUCGUUUAUUAAUGAUAUCUCAACACGUGUAUCGACAUGUGUAUGGAAUCGUUUAUUAAUGAUAUCUCAACACGUGUAUCGACAUGCGUAUGGAAUCGUUUAUUAAUGAUAUCUCAACACGUGUAUCGACAUGUGUAUGGAAUCGUUUAUUAAUGAUAUCUCAACACGUGUAUCGACAUGUGUAUGGAAUCGUUUAUUAAUGAUAUCUCAACACGUGUAUCGACAUGUGUAUGGAAUCGUUUAUUAAUGAUAUCUCAACACGUGUAUCGACAUGCGUAUGGAAUCGUUUAUUAAUGAUAUCUCAACACGUGUAUCGACAUGCGUAUGGAAUCGUUUACCACAAAGAGAUUGACAUCCUUACUUAUUCUAGAUCAAAGCUUCUUUCUGUCUGUGAUUAAUUGUGAUUAACUAUGAGUUAAGAUGUGAUGAAUUGUGAUUCAUAUUUUAGUGGCUUCAUAAAAGCCCUAAUAAAUAUCUGAGGUGUGGUGUGAUGACACAUCGGUGAUAUCAAAUGGAAUCAUUUUGGAUACGGGUCUGCUGUGAGGCAGCAGCAGUGUACCUAAUGUUGUGUCCGCAGGGCAGUGCUGUAAAAGCGGUGUCGUGGUGAUAUCAGUGAUACCAGUGUGGUUUGCUGGUUUUCACAAUAAAAGUGCUUGAAAGGAGAGUGGAGUGAAAGAAAGCUUCAUGUUCCCAUCCUUGAGGAGCAGUUAGCGGCGGUGAAGCCCACUCCAAACGUUAAAGGAGCUCCACGGGCUGCCAAGUGAAGCGGGUCAGCGUGAGUCGCUUCAGCGGGUCUCAUGUUAGCUUUGUCUUCCUGUCCUGCAAAGGUUGAGAAGAUGCCUCAGGUGGCCCAACUCGACUCCUUGGUGACCUCGUUAGCAUGAGAAAGUGUUCAUGCUGGGGCGGGGUGCCAGGAAAGGCGGCAGACGCUCGGACGACGCUUCUGACUUGCUUGUUGUUUUGAGGGAGGUGUCUGUAAAUAGCCGGGGUGACGCGGGGAAGUGGAUAAUCUCCUCGUUGUGUCUUAUCUCUUCCAAGAAGGUUCUUCUGUCAUGUUUGUCUGCCCUUUGGCCGGAUCACGCACUCGUACCAGGACACUCUCAAACUGGUAGGAGUGCCAGCGCUGGUACAGUAGAAUACAAUACGGCGUAACACACGAUGUACCUGUAAGUGCACCACAAGGCAUGAAUAUGCAGCCCAGCAUGCCUUGCGGGUUACCACUAUAAAAUAGUAUUGUGUUUUAUUGUGUAGACGUCUAGCUUGAUAGCUGCUGUGUACGUGUGAGGGGGGGUUUGGAUGGUUGGCGGUGAUGUGUGUGUGAGUAAGCGUGUUAGCAAGUUAACAGUCAUGGAGAUUAGAAGCACAAAUGGGCAGGAAACACCACAAUGAAGGGAAACGGGGUGGAGUGGUCGCCUCCCAACCCGAAGGUUGCGGGUUCGAUCCUCGUCCUCCCGUGAUCAUGUUGAAGUGUCCUUGGGCAAGAUACUGAACCCCCCCAGUUGCUCCUAAUGCUGCGUCAUCCGUACAGUGUCAAAGGUCAUCAGUAGGUAAAUGUGCUAACAGUGUCAAAAGUCUUCAGUAUGUUAAUGUGCUAACAGUGUCAAAGGUCUGCUGUAUAUUCAUGUUAGCAUACUGUAUAUUCAUGUUAGCAUGCUGUAUAAAUGUUAGCAUACUGUAUAUUCAUGUUAGCAUGCUGUAUAUUCAUGUAUGCGUACUGUAUAUUCAUGUUAGCAUGUCACUGAAAAGCUAGCCGCGGCGUGACCGUGUCUUGUUAGUCAGGCAGGAAGGGGAGGUCUUAUAUAACAGUGACAUGGACAAGAUCUGAAAGGAGAUCCAGGCUGGCAUUGUUGGGGCGCAGGGAGGGCAGCUGCCAGCCUUUUCGAUCAGAUAGCCGUAUUGUUGGUGUCGGACUUUCCGAAGCUUUGGUAGCAGCAGAAAUGUCAAAGCUCAUUCUUGACACAGCAGCGAUAGCAAGCAGAUAGCAAAGCUGCUCCUGCCGCUAAAUCACACCUUCUACAGGCUGCAACAAAGCUGCUAGCAUUCCAAGCAUUUUGGCACAAACACACCCACGACAUCACGAGUGUAACCAGACGAGUGCGCAGAUGGACGCGUGCUGCGGAUGGACGAGCACUCGUCUUAAUCUCAGUGCUGCACACACCAGAGGUGACCCCAUGACCUUGGGAGCUGAGCGAGUAAAGACGAGCCACAAAAGAUGACGUCCAUCCAUUGGGCCUUUUGUUGGACAGCAUUAUCUCGUGUGUACUGCUGCUGUCUUGUUGGACGAUGGUGGUCCUGAUGGACCCCAUGGAGGACCCCGAUGAUGUACUGCGGGCCAACCGCUCCAGGGAGAAGACCUACGUGUUCGACGUGGCCUUCGACUACUUGGCCAGUCAGGAGGAGGUGUACCGAGCCACCACCAAAGGCCUGAUUGAGGGCCUCAUAUCAGGCUACAAUGCCACCGUCUUCGCCUACGGACCCACAGGUUGUGGAAAGACGUACACCAUGCUGGGCACCGACAAGGAGCCCGGCAUCUACGUCCGCACCUUGAACGACCUCUUCAAGGCCAUCGAGGAGACCAGUGAUGACAUGAUGUACAGCGUCUCCAUGUCCUAUCUGGAGAUCUACAACGAGAUGAUCCGUGACCUGCUGAACCCGUCCUCGGGCUUCCUGGACCUCAGAGAGGACGCUAAAGGAGUGAUCCAGGUGGCAGGCAUCACUGAGGUGUCCACCAUCAAUGCUCAAGAGAUCAUGGAGCUGCUGAUGAAGGGCAACAAGCAGCGCACACAGGAGCCCACCGCCGCCAAUCAGACAUCGUCGCGCUCUCACGCUGUGCUGCAGGUGGCCAUCAAGCAGCAGAGCCGCUGCCGGGACGUCCUGCAGGAAGUCCGCUUCGCGCGCCUCUUCAUGAUCGACCUGGCCGGCUCGGAACGAGCAGCACAGACCCAGAAUCGGGGUCAAAGGUUAAAAGAGGGGGCCCACAUCAACCGUUCACUGCUGGCGUUGGGGAACUGCAUCAACGCGCUGAGCGACAAGAACGGCAACAAGUACGUCAACUACCGGGACAGCAAGCUGACACGCCUCCUCAAGGACUCCCUGGGCGGGAACAGCCGAACCAUCAUGAUAGCCCACAUAAGCCCCGCCUCCGUGGCCUUCGAGGAGUCCCGCAACACGCUGACGUAUGCGGACCGCGCCAAAAGUAUUCGCACACGGGUGAAAAAGAACCUGAUAAACGUGUCCUACCACAUCGCUCAGUACACUAACAUCAUCUCGGACCUUCGUUGCGAGAUUGAACGCCUGAAGAAGAAGAUCGCCGACCAGGCGGGCCGCCAGCACAGCUCUGAUAGGGCCGACAUCCGCCACGUGCAGGCGGAGGUCCAAGCCCACUCGUGCAAGCAGAGCCGGGCCGACAUGGACCAGCUGAGGGAGCAGCUCCUGGACGGUUUCCGCCAGCAGAUGGAGAUCCGCAGGAAUCUGAUGGAGCUGGAGAAUAAUAACAUGGAGAUCCAGAUUGACACGUCCAAACAGCUGUUCGCUAUCGCAGACUGGGAGCAUGAGUGCAGCCGGCGAAGGAGGAAGUGGCGAGCAGAAAAGCGAAAGGAACGCAUGAGUAAGGAUGACAGCGACAAGGACUCGGAUUCCCCGGACUCUCCGCCGGAAACCAACGAGACAGAGGAGGUUGUGAUGGCCAGAGAGAACCUGGCGGCCCUCAUGACGGAGCAGAAGAAGCUCCACAAGCAGAAGGCGCAGCUGGAGCGCAGGUUUUUGGAUCUGCGGGAUCGGGCUCGCCACUUGGAGGAGCUUCUGCCGCGGAGGGUGAGCUCGGAGGAGCAGCGGGAGGUACUGGGCCUCCUGUGCAAGGUGCACGAGCUGGAGAUCGAGAAUGCAGAGAUGCAGUCGCACGCUCUGCUGAAGGACAAUGUGAUCCGACGGAAGAACUUUGUGGUGCAGCGUUUCGAGAUGCACCGGCACCUCUGUGACGAAAUCAUACAACAACAGCGGCAGUUAAUUGACGACCACAGCCUUCUAGUCCCGCCCCACCUGCAGGAGCUCUACGAAAUAUACGCCAGAGAGCUGGACAAGAGGAAGCUGGACUGUGCGGUGGCUUUGGACAAGGUGACCACCAGGCACACCAUCAAGGCGGGCUCUCUACCCAAGAUCGCCCUGCCCGCUCAGGGUCGUGAUGCCACCCAGGACGUGGACUCGGACCAGGAAAGCGUACGCAACGUGUGCGCCAAUGAACGACAAGGACAAGCCAAACUUCGCAGGCACACCUUGCCUCCCAUCCUGCCAGAGCCUGAGCAGGACGGCAACAAAGUUUUUAGGAACACCACUCAGGCCCGGCACAUGAAGACCUCUGCUGUCAUGACGCCGCCCCCCAUCCACCUCAACGGAAAGGGCAGCAGAGAGCUGCAGCCGCUGGUUCCAGUCAGCUCGCUGAGCUUCACUCAACUCAGCCACAGCGUCAGCAGCCACCUGGACUCAUCGCCUGAGAGCAGCGAGGCGGGUCCUGAUGCCCCCCUUUCACAAAACGAGCGGCAGCAGAUCCUCAAGGGCGUCCACAACAUUUCAGUCAAGGCAGCACGGCGGCGCUCCAAAGCCCGGGAGGUGGAGGCCUUGCGGUUGCCCCCCGCGUCCUCGCCGACGGAGCCCCCAAAGCAGAAGAGCGGCCUCUUUUCCUGUGAGGCGCUCCCUAGAAGUCUGCCGGUGCGGCGCGGCAGACAGCCCAGCCCCGAACUCCGACGCACCACCUCCGACGACAACCUGUCCUGCAGCACCGGCGAGGGCCCCAGCACGCAGGUGACCUGGACAUGCCCCCACAAGGCCACCAGCAAGAACCAAACCCACCGAGAGGCAGACUUUGAGGCGCGUUGCAAGAAGAGGCGCUCGCAUUCGUUUGAGGUCACCGGGCAAGCACUGCCUCAGUCCAAAGCAACCACAGCUGUGAGGUUCAGACCUCUGGACAGCACAUCAGACCCUCAUCUCCAUGUCAACGGUCAGCCGCAGGUGCCCCUGCUGCGCCCCCAGUUCAGAGGAGUCCCGCCUCUUGCCAAAAUCAGGGCCCCAGUCAGCAACCAGCAAGCGGGUCAGACAGCAUCACAUUUCCUUUUUGAAGAUCCUUUUCCACUUGAACUUCUUCUUUCCCUCUCAGUCUCCACAGGCCCCACCUCAGAAGCUUCCAUGGCGCAGAUGAACAAUACGAAGCGAAUUCCCUUCCUGCGGCAACCCCAGCCCCCCCUCCACAUCACCAACGGGGGCCAGCGUCCACGCAGACACUGACUUUUACAUUUGACAGACACACCAGCCAGGCCGUAGAAGCCAUGGUGUCGCCAAAGACUGUUAGAUGUCCACUUUGGGUCACAAUGUGUCUUCUUGUCACUUGUAAGCAACAGUAGUUGUGAUUGUUGUGUACUUCUUCAGACAAUAAGUUUAAAGUCAAUGCCUUCUCUCACCAAGGACAA